GGCGCAGAGACCAUGGAUUGCUCGAGAUUUAACCGAGGGCGCCUCCUUUGCGAAGAGAGCCAAGAUUAGGGCCCUUAAUGGGAGAAGGAUUAAUAGUUUCUCGGGUUCAAGCUGAGGAUUCUAACAUUCACAAAGGAAACUAAAGCUGAGCAGGACUAUUGGCAGGUAGGAGAUAGUGACAAUGGAGGAUGAUUUUCUCUUGGACAGGUGGGAGAAAGGAGACUGUCCUGAGAAAAUGGCUUUCAGAAACGUGAACAGAAAGAGACAUAUUGGUCUGCAACAUCUUUCAGCUUUGGCUUCCACUGGACGGACACUUUUAGGACCCAUGAAAUCGUCCAAAUUUAUAGUUGAUGAAAGUAUCCCUGGUGGUAUGUUGAUUUACUCUCCACUGAGACUUCUUGAGAACAUGGAUUUAAGUAGUGCUGUGGGGCAGCUUCUUAAUGAAGCCAUCCAAGCACAGAACAAAGAUUAUAAAACAGGGAUGACCACAUUGCUCUUUCUUGUUGGUGCAUGGAGCAAUGCUGUACUUGAGUGCCUUCAAUAUGAUGUUCCACUUUCACUCAUAGUAGCUAUAAUGUCUGAAGGUUUGGAUUCUUGCAUUGAACAAUUGCAGUGUAUUACAUUAUCACUACACAACAUACAGCAAAAGCUAAAGGAUAUUCCUAUAGAAUGCGAAGGCAUGAGCCUUAUCAAUAGUAGCUCUAGCUCCUCUAGAAAACAGUUUACAGACAUUAAGAAAACAGUUAGCAAGUCUGGCACUAGUAUUUUAAAUCUGCUUAAAAAUGAACUAUCAGAAGAAAAAUCAGAAGAUCAUAUGAUCCAGCAAACAAAUGAUAUCAAUCCAGGCACACCCAUCACCAACAGUAAGAAAUGUUUACUAUCUGAGUCAAUGAACAGCAAUUUUGUUUCCAGUGUUUGCAAGACAAUGAUUCAGAAAAACUAUGAUUUGCAUAAUUGUCAUUUGGAUGCCUUGACUUAUAACAGCAGAUCAAAAUUAACCCAUAGUAGAUACUUUAGCAAUGUAAAUAAAUAUCAAUCACCACAACAAACUAAUCCCAAUUUACUGGAUGAGUGUCCAAAACCUUUUGACAAGCUCAGUUACUUGGGACAACUCACAUUAUCUCUUAGCCAUGGAAAUGAAUCUGCCACGAAAAUGAUAAAGGACAUUCUCAGAUGCCAGCUUCCAGGUGCCAAUCAAAAAACUGAUACCUGUCCUUUCCAAUUUGAUAUUUCAGAAAUUGUGACAUGCUGUUUAUCAGGAAUAUCUGAAAGUCAUUCGUGUGUUCACCCUGGCUAUAUCACACUUGUAUGUCCAGCAAAAGCUGCUGCUGUGAAACAUUUUCAGACUAUGCCUAUUCGUGUUAUUCUUAUAGAUGGUGACCUAACUGAAACUUAUCACCAUUUAGGGUUUAACAGAUUAGAGAAUAUGAGCAUGUUUUCAGAAAAUGUGUCUCAUUCAAAGGAAAGCUCAAGCUUAUGGGUUGAUUCUAUAAUGGACAUUCUGAUUCAGUCUAAUAUUAAUUUAAUUUUGGUACAAGGUGACACAUGUGAAAUUCUAGAAGAAAAAUGUCUCCUACAUAAAAUAGUGAUAAUUAAUCAUGUGGACCAUAACAUAUUGAGAGCUUUUAGUAAUAUGAGAGCUGAGAUAGUGACUUACAUCAAUCAAGUGAAUGAGGAUUGUAUUGUCAAAGGCAUAUGCGUGAAUCUCUAUGGAACUCUGGAAUUAAAUUUGAUGGAGGUCAGUGGCCAAAUCCCACUUGCUUUAACAGCAGAAGGACUUCGAUUGGUAACAGUUGUGCUUUGUUGCCCUUUAAUGUCAAAGAUGCAAGCCAUGGAAGAUCAGUUUUGGACCUGUGUGUACCGUCUGCACCAUGCACUUCUUGAUCAGGCUGUUUUUCCAGGAGGUGGUGCAGUUGAGCUCCUAUGCCUCAGUUUUCUUGAAAAACUAGAAGAAGCAAUCCCAAACUCUACAGGCCAGUUUCAUGUUGCUUCUUCCUGGUUUGCAAAAUCUUCAGAACAAUAUAAAUCUUUGGUGCUUAGCGUUUUGGCAAGUGGUUGGCGCCAGUACCUGUUUGCUGUCAUGGGUAAUGCAGCAAACUGUACCUCAGAGUUUGAAACCCACACUGUCAUACAGCAGCAUCUCAGAAGAGCAGCCAUGCAUGGUUCACCAUCAGCCUACAUCCUGGAGGAAUUUAGUAAGGGAAAGAUAGGAAUAAGCAUUGGACAUUCUGAUAUAGAUGGAAAGGCUUUGAAAGUGUAUGAUAAUAUUGCUGCUAAGAUAGAAGCUUGGCGCAGAGCUCUAGAAUUGGUGCUCUUGGUCCUUCAGACAGAUGCUGAAAUUAUUGCAGGUCCAAAAAAGGAUGAAUUGUUGAAAUCACAAGAAUCAUGUGACUUCCUAUUUUUAUAGGAAUUUGUGUUGCUGUUAACAGAUAGUUAACUGUAUUAAUUAGCUAUUAAUAGUAUUUGUGGGCAAAGUCAGGAGCAAAAAUGUCUCUGAAAACACAGUCCAGAAUGGAACCUUUGUUUCGUAAAACAAAGUUCACCCUCAGGGAAUGAGUUCAAUCCCCGAAAGACUCAUUUCCAUUAUUUCAGUAUAAAUUAUAGCUCUGAUUUCCUUAAUUGGCAAUAAUGUAAUCUGGUGAAAAUUUAAUUGCAGCUGUAUCCCCUUUUUAAUCCCCCAUUAAUUCUGUGAAAAUGUUGUAUUUCAUCAAACAGAAAUAUUAAAGGGAUCAAUAGUAUAGAAAAGGUACUUUUAAAGGCAAUCUUUGUAACAACAUGUUCAUUAAAUUUGUUUUAAUAAAUGCUUAUUGAGCAUUUGUGUUUAGAGUGUAAAACUAAUUUUAAAAAAAGGUUGUUAUCUACAUGUGUAAGCAAUAAAUUAGCUCUGGAAAAUAAUAUUUUAAAUAUCAGAAACUAUACUUUUCUGUUCUGC